AUGGUCACCACUCGCGCAAAGGCCAAAUCAGAAGAUCACGGAUCCGCAGAGGCUACUAGUAGCGAGCCUCAGACCGGGCAGAAGCGGUCACGGGCUCAGGCACCACAGACAAAAGCCACCCAGCCGAAAGAGAAACAGCACAAGAAGGAGCCAGCGCAAUCCGAGCAGAAGCCCGUUGUUAAGAACCAAGAGGGCAAAUCCGACCACGGAGAGGAUGAUGACAAAGGCGCACCAUCGAAGUCUGAGACGAGUACUCAGCAAAAGCCGAAGCCGAAGCCGAAGCAGAACCAGAAGAAAUCCAGCAACAAAAAGGUCGACAGGCUCAUCCAACAAUAUGCCAAUCUCCCUCUUUCAGACACGGAUCUGGAAAACCCGGGCAAUCCCACGGCCGACACGGUCCUAGCUCUGCUGCUGCAUGCGAUAUUGUCGUCCACCAGGGUCUCGCAUGCCAUUGCCGGCAAGACGACCAGCCUGGUCAUCAAGGCGGGGUAUCAUAACCUCGACGUCUUGAAGAAGAGCACAUGGGAGGAAAGAACCGAAGUGCUCACCGAGGGUGGAUAUACUCAUUAUCGAGAAAAGACAGCGACCUUCCUAGGCGAACUGGCCGAGCUGGUUGAGGGUAAAUACGAUGGUGAUCUGAACGCGAUCCCGAAGACAGCGUCUCAAGACCCGAAGAAGAUUCGCGCCGAACUCAAGACCAUCAAGGGCCUCGGCGACGUGGGGAUCGACAUCUUCUUCACGACGGCGCAGCACGUGUGGCCGUGUCUCGCGCCGUGGAUCGAUCCCCGAAGUCUGACCACGGCGGAGAAGAUCGGCCUGGGCAACGACGUGCAGGCGCUGUGGAACGACGUCGGCGAGGAUCCCGAGGCAAUGUGUAAAUUGGCGUGCGCUUUGAUGGACGUCAGGCUGGAGAAGCGCGAGUCGGAAUGGACCUGA